AGACGCCUAUUCUGUGUGUUUUUCCCCCAGUCUCUUCGCGACAGUUUUUGGGAUGCACUGCUGAAAGAACCGCGUUCGAGGACACCAGCGGAUGUUGAAAUCCUCGUGGAGAACGUCCAGAAGCUUCCUGCCUUUUCCAGUCUCUCCAGCGGGACGCGAUACGCCCUGUGUCGCCUCAUGUUGGUGGCGGUGGUUCGCGAGGCCGGGCAGGUGGUUCUCUCUGACGGUGAAAUCCUCGACACGUGGUCCGUCAUUCUCAACGGCACUGUUGAGGUGGUGGAGGCGGACGGAACGAUUCGUGAGUUGACCAGCGGCGACGCAUUCGGUGACGCGGCCUCGACGGUGGUGCCACCGCCUCAGCGUCAUCGCGGCCAGAUGCGCACGGUGACGGAGGAUUGCCAAUUCGUGUGCGUCGCGCAGGCCGACUACUUGCGCAUCAUGGCGCAGGCGGCGGACGCUGAGGUGCCCGAACUCGAGGAGGAUGGUGGAAGGGUGGUUCUGGUGUACGAGGACAUCAAGAAGGAGCAACAGUGCGGCACUCCAGAGAAGUUGAUUGACCACCUGAAAUGUCCGGAGCCUGGGGACCCAAGCUAUCCGGAGGACCUUCUCUUGACGUAUCGCACGUUCCUGCCAACUCCGGCGCUUUUGGCCUCCGAUGCCUCGACGGAUCGUGCUCUGCGCGCGCGCAUCCAGCGCUACGUGCUGCUGUGGGUGCACAACCACCCCGAGGACUUCCACGAUCGUCCAGCGAUGCUUCGCUUCCUCUCCCGCUUCAGCGACCUCCUGCAGAGGGAAAGCGGCAUUCGACGGCUCCUGCACUUGGCCUGUUCCACGAAGGCCCGCCAACGCAUCGUUGAGGUCAAGAGGGGUGACGACGAGGGUCUGCGAAGGGGUGACCAAGUGAACACCGUCCAACACAGCUCCGUUGAGGGCAUGUCGCUGGCCCAAUUGGCCUCGGUGCUCGCGUCGAUCGUGAUGAAUGGUGUGAACCAGAGGCAGGCACCGGGCAGCACUAGCAAUCGAGCUACUGCUCGUUUUUUGACUCAAAUUGCACACAGGGGAGACCCAUUGGCCUUCCGGAAUGUUCAGCACAUUCGGGCGUUGCACUCCCCCCGACCUGCGUUUUCGCAUAAAGCGCGGAUUUUUAGUGUCAUUGUUUGA